AUGAAGAAUCCAGCCGCCAUUUCGUUACAGCAGGUUCAUCUCACCACUUCGCCUGAAGGGUACGAGCCUGUCGUCUCGUACAAAGGAGACCAGUCAAUCUAUAUUCGAGAGCAUCAAACCCUCCAAGCCGAACUCUUGCGCUUCUGCCCCUCGGAAUCCUGGUACCAGGGCUCUCACAAGGCGGCAUGUCCGCGGCCUAUCCUCAUUACCAAAAGGCAUCAGGAGCAACUUCGACAACUCCAUGAUGCUCUUACGCUUGCUCUGACCGAUAUAAUUCAGCGCUGGUGGACUGAUCAGGAAGCUCAAUUUCCAGCUCGGAUGCCAUUAGAGGAGCAGGAGGAGGAAUUAUUACGAUGGCUAGAAAUCCAUCACCCCUUUGAUUGUCGCCAUCACCUAGGCUCCUGGAGGCCGGACUUCCUGGUCGAGGAUGACCAUACCGAUGUGGGCGCAGCUCCCACGGAAAACUUUCGCCUGACGGAAAUCAACGCCCGCUUUAGCUUCAAUGGAUUAAUGUAUGAGGCCUACGGGCAAGAAGCUCUGAUAAGCUUGGGCGCAGGGAGGAGAGGCAUCAUGCAUGGGACUAACCCAGCCGACGUUUUCAAUGGUUUACUCCGUCUCUUUCAACGCGACCGCCCUUUACACCUUCUCAAAGGCGACGAACCCGGCAUGGAUAUCCACAUGGUGAUUGGCUUUCUCGAGCGCCAUCUGGGGACGCGGCCGAGACUAAUCACCCCGUCUGAUUUAAGGUUGGUUCCGGAUCCGCAGGAGAAUUCCGGGUACAAAUUGUGUUGCUUGGUGAAAAGCAAUCCAGCUGGCGUUCAUAUUAAUGAGUCCCCUGUGAUUGUCGCGGAUGACGGCGAGGUGGUUGAAGAAAUCCACCAGGUUGGACUCGAGCUACAUCAACGAGAAUUGCUUGCGAUACCACCGGAGAUGUUGCGCCAGGUUAGCUUACGCUGCUUUAAUGAUAUGCGGACCAUCCUCCUUGUCCAUGAUAAGCGAAUGCUGGGAAUAAUCAAGCAAGAGAUACCCUCACUGACGGCAAGGGGGGUACUCAGUUGCGCACAAGGAAAGGCCCUGCGGAAAGGCAUCGCAGACACAAUACUCCCAGGGUCGUCAGACCUAACAAACAUCAUCAGUCUUUGUACUGAGGAUGUCAAUCUGCAAACCGACUACCUGUUGAAGCCUAUUAGAGGAGGCAAGGGAGCUGGAAUUUUAUUCGGGGAUGAGCUCGGUCAUUCCGAGUGGAUGUCAGCUCUGGAACGGAUGAAAGAUCCAAGGUUAACAAUAAUGCCAGGAACACCCAAGUAUGUGAUCCAGCGACGCAUCUGGCCUCGCUUUUACGAUGUGAUUCUGAACCCGUCGGGGGAAAAAGGCCAGCAUCCUUUGAUUGGCCUUCUCAAAAUCACCUUACAGUUUCCAGACGACAAAAGCAAGUACCUGGAGAAUCUGGUAACGAGCCUUCACGAACAGCAUGGUCAUGGGCUCCCAAUUGCUCACAGUUCAUCCCGGGGUUGGUUUUGGGAUGUCCGCCCCGACAGAACUACUACAUGUCAGCCCGGCUACCAUCAAGCAAGGUCUGAAACUAUGGAAGACUUCCCCUGGCAUACAGACUGUAGCUAUGAACACGCACCCCCCCGGUUCUUUGCCCUUCAUGUCCUCCAACCGGAUCGCCUGGGCGGGGGCACCUUGUCCGUCAUGGAGGUCCAGACCCUAGUCCAGACUCUUCCCUCUGCCGUGAAGGAGGCGCUAUGCCAACCCAAUUAUCAGAUUGCCAUUCCCCCCGAGUUCAUCAAACAGCCCGAUCAGCAGCGGAUUAUUGGAAGCCUCGUCGCCCUCGACCCUCUUGACCGCCGUUCAACCAUGGUCCGGUUUCGGGGGGAAAUCGUGACGCCACUGACUGAAAGGGCAGCAAUAGCUCUGCAGACUUUAAAGGACACAUUGCGCAGUCCCGCCACGUCAGACACAGCCAUUCAUCUUACGGCAGACGACCUCCCAGCCGGAUCUAUCAUUCUGCUCAAUAACCACCGGUGGCUCCACGCGCGGAAUAACAUCCACGACCCUUCCCGCCACUUGCGUCGGGUUAGAUGGGAUGCCUUCCAGUUCCCUAGUGGUACGGAGUAG